AAUCGCCAUCUUCUUACCGGAAGUUCCUAGUCUUGCCCCGCCCUCACAGCUAUUUUAUUGGCCGAGGGGCCGCGUUCUGAGGUUCUGAAGCUUGGUGGGAGGACGAGAAACCAGCCUAAGUCCUGAGGAGCCCAAGUAUCCGGCCGCUGCGGGCAGCGGGAACGCGGGAGGGUGCGGGCGGCAGGACCCGCGGUGCGUGGCCGAGGGCCCACCUGAGCGGGCCGGGCAGCAGCGUGAGCGCGGGGUCCGCGAACCCCGUGCUGGGGAGGGGCGACUCUGCUGCGCGUCCCUGACUGCUUGUCAGGGGCGGCUCGUGCUGCGGUGCCCAGAGCUGGCCCCAGAGGCUGCGAGGGAGACGGUCGAGCGGCGAGGUCCACGCGGGCGGCGUCUGCAGACCACACGAGCUGGGUGGCGUGUGCCCGAGUUCGAAGCGUGUGCGCCGCCCCUCCGCGAGCUGCUUCUUAGCACUGUGAGGUCACUUUCCUCCUCUGUGAGACGAGGGGAUGAACGGUCUGCGCCCCGUAUUCGCAAGCCAUGAACUUGAAUGGGUCAUAAACACCUAGUGGAUGAGUGAAGCACAGUUCUGCGUGUGUCUGCGCCUGCCGUGUGGGCCGGCAAACUGAGGGUUGAGGACGAUCCCGGGGGGUGGGUGGCCCCAGCCAACAGGCUGGUGGCCCGGAUGGAGGGGCGCGCGCUGAUUUUGAAGAGCUCCAGCGUGGAGCAGCUAUCCAUCCAGAGUGCUCUGUGUGUCUCCAGGAGGAACAGGAAAUGAAGAACUCUCCGGGGUUGGUGUCCUUUGAUGAUGUUUUUGUGAGCUUCACACGGGAGGAGUGGCUGGUUCUGGACAAUGCUCAGAGGACCCUGUACAGGGACGUGAUGCUGGAGACCUACCGCAGCCUCGUGUUACUGGGACAUUGCAUCAACAAACCUGAGGUGAUCUUUAAGCUGGAGCAAGGAGCAGAACCAUGGAUGAGAGAGGAACCCCCAAACCAGAGUCCUCCAGAUAUCCAGAAAGUGGAUGACACAAUUGAGUCCAGUCUCAAGAGUCAAGGCAGAUGUUUGUGGCAAGUUGUUCUCACCACCAGUAACACAUCAGCUGAGGAGAAAGUCGAAUUAGGAUUUGAGCUGAAAGUCCUUGAGUCAAAUUUUGAUCUGAGCUCAAACCAUACUUCAGAUUUGAUUGUAAAUCCUGGGAACUAUUCAGCAGUAGAGUAUCUCCCAAUAGAGCCCGGUGAGAUGGGUGCUGGAGAGAAGCCAAGUCAGUGUCACACAAAUGGGGAAUCCCCAAGAGGUGCUGAGCAUUUUGGUCAGCAUUCCAAGAUUUCAAGUGGGCAGCAGGAUUUUCAGUCUAGUAGUCAAUGGAAAGCCUUCAUCACGGAGACAAAGUUACGGAAAGAAUGUAUGACACAUGAGAGGGUUCCUAUGGGGCAGGCCUGCUGGGAGCAUAAUGAAUCUGGGAAAGCCUGUGAGAAGUCAGCUCUCAGGGCCACAGUAGGAAGAAAGACUCUUUAUAAAAACUAUGAUCUCACUACAUGUCAGACACACACAGGGCAGAAAUCCUGUGAAUGUGGUGAAUGUGAGAAAACCUUCAUUACACAACAGAAGAAACAUUCAGAGAAAGGAGCCUGUGCAUAUCAUCAAUGUGAGAAAUCCUCCCGCUGUAAGUCAGACAUUACUGUGCAGCAGAAUCUUCCUAUUGAGGGAAUGCCCUAUGAAUGUGAUGAAUGUGGAGAGGCCUUUCACACUAAAUCAGGCCUCAUGAGGCAUGAGGGCGUUCAUACUUGGGGGAAGCUAUAUGAAUGUAAAGAAUGUGGGAAAACUUUGUGCCGUAAGUCAUCUCUCACUAUUCAUGAGAAAAUUCACAGUGGGGAGAAGCCCUAUCAGUGUACUAAAUGUACAAUAGCCUUUCGCAAGAAGUCACAACUCCGGAGACACUGGGGAAGAAUUCAUACAAAGGAGAAACCCAAAGGAUGUAAUGAAUGUAAUGAAUGUGGAAAAUUUUUUCACAGAAAGUCACAUCUCAUAAAGCAUCAGCGUACACACACAGGUGAGAAGCCCUAUGAAUGUGGUCAGUGUGGAAAAUCUUUUGGCCAGAAGAUACACCUCACAAAGCAUCAGCGUACGCACACAGGUGAAAAGCCCUAUAAAUGUGGUCAUUGUGGAAAAUCUUUUGGUCAGAAGAUACACCUCACUAAACAUGAGACAAUCCAUACUAGGGAGAAGCCUUAUGAAUGUAAUCAGUGUGGGAAAUUCUUUGGCCAGAAGACUUACCUCACUAAACAUCAGAUGACACACACUGGGGAGAAACCCUAUGGAUGUGAUCAAUGUGGAAAAUCCUUUGGACAGAAGACUUACCUCACUAACCAUCAGAUGACACACACUGUGGAGAAACCCUAUAAAUGUAAUGAUUGUGGGAAAUCUUUUGCAUAUAAGUCAUACCUUGCUAAACAUCAGAUGACACACACUGGGGAAAAACCCUAUGGAUGUAACCAGUGUGGAAAGACUUUUCGCCAGACUUCACACCUCAGCAAGCAUGAAAGAACUCAACAUGGGAGAGGAGCUUCUGUGAGGAUGGAAACUUGCUCAAAUCACACCUCAGCAAGUAUCACUGAGUUCACAUAGUAGAAAAAUCUUGUUGGGCAGGUAAUAGCUGUGUAUCCUCCAAAGACCAUUUCCUUUUCUAUGGGACUCAGCCUGCAUUUCUUAGCCUUGUCUUAUUGUGGCCUGAGUUCUGCCCAGGGAAUACAGACACAUGUGGUAAGCAUUAAUACAAGCCUAGCAACAUAAAGACAAUGACCAUGCAGUCCUCUCCAAUUUCUCAUGUUUUAUGAGACUAAAGUGCUGCUGACCCUCAGGAUGGCCUUGAAGUACAGGUGGGAGACAGUCACUGUGAUUUAAGACAGAUAAGAGAGAUCUUCCCACCUCCAUCUCAGCACCUUGUGUUGCACAAGUGACAAAUAAAUAUUGACCCUUCUGCCAU